AUGGCUUCCAACCAUUCCGAAAGCAGCCAGUCACGGCGUCGCCAAUCUAUUCCUCUACAAGAUCUACUCCUCCCACCAACCGGGAAUGCGGCCGAUGGACCGGUGUAUGGUUUAUACCGUGAAGACGGAUCGGAUCAAAGCCAUAAUAGCCGGCAGCCAGGUGUGACUGAUAGUAUUCCUUCCAAGUCGACAUACUGGUAUACUUCGCAAAACGAAUCCGACGAUGGUUUGGGUUCUGGUUCACCGAUAGACGCCAGUAUUUUGCAAGCCGCUCUUCCGCCUGAUUUUCGAUCAUCUCUCCCAGAUGAGCAUGGUCAUGCAUCUCGUCCAGUCAACACCUUCGAAGGUCCAGCAUACAUGGAAGAACCGACGGCCACGGACUACGAUGAUUCCGACCGAAUACCUCUUACGGCUGGAGCACAACCUAUAUCAGGAUCUUUAUCCGCUGAUAAUCAUGAUCCCAACAUUCGGAACAGUUUUCAGACAGUGUCAGAGUUCGGCAGCAGCCCGACUAAGAACCGGCUGUCAGACAACUCCGGGCAUCAUGUCCAAUCCUACGAAACUUCACGAGGGAGGCAGCAGAGUUAUGGUGGCAAGUUGGAUCCCGGCGAAUAUCGAGUCUCGCGGUCCACGUCUCCUUCAGGCGCUCUCCUUCGCGCUGGUUCAAUUGUUCGUGCAAUGUCCCAACGAGUGGUGAACAUCAGCGGGGAGAGUGAGCUUUUGGAUCAUCGAGCAACAACACAACAGUCACGGUCUCCCAGAACAUCUAGGCAUGAAAGGGAAAGGAGUCCUGCGAUGUCAAUGCUUGUGGACACCUCCUAUCCAUCACAGACAGCUCAGCUAGCACCAGAGAAGGUCGAUGCGGUUGACCAGUCCUACCUCUCCCCAUCCGGUGGCCCUCCGCCCAACCCCCUCAAAGGCCACUCGUUGGGAAUAUUCUCUCCGCAGAGCCAAAUUAGGCUUUCCCUGUGCAGUCUGCUGGUCAACCCGUACACUGAGCCCUCCAUCCUUAUCCUAAUCGUUCUGCAGACCAUUCUUUUGGCUGUGGAAUCCGGCCCGAAUGUCUUUCUCGCAGGCAACGAGCGCCCAGCUCAAUGGGGCAAACAUACCAUUGACUGGAUUAUGCUUGGACUUUUUAUUGUAUUCACUCUAGAGCUUAUCGCCCGUAUUAUUGUUUCAGGGUUCUUUCUAAACGCUGCUGAGUAUAGCACGAUUGAUCGCCAAAAGGGCAUUAGAGCUGCCAUCGUAGAACAAUACAGAACUGCCUUUCGACCACAACGCCAAAAGUCUGUCAAGGGCAGCUCGCAAAUCGAACCUCAACAUUCAACUAUUUCCCGCUCGCUUACAACGAUGAUGCAAGGCCCCAAUACCUUGCCGUCAACCAUCGAGGAUCAGCAGCGCUACCAGCUGGCACGACGGGCGUUCUUACGACACUCGUUUAAUCGCUUGGAUUUUGUGGCUGUUGUGUCAUUCUGGAUAGCCUUCAUACUGGGUAUCACAAGAAUCGAAAGCGGACAUCAUAUUUAUGUGUUCAAAAUGCUCAGCUGUCUCCGAAUAUUGAGGCUGCUCGCUUUGACUCAUGGCACUGCGAUCAUUUUGCGAAGUCUAAAGAAAGCUGCCCCUCUUCUAGUGCGGAUUGCCUUCCUGGUUGUAUUUUUCUGGCUACUCUUUGCGAUCAUCGGGAUACAGAGUUUCAAGUCCAGCUUAAAGCGGCAGUGCGUCUGGCUGGAUCCAUCCGAUCCCAAGAAUAUUUCAGCAUCGUACACCAACGAGAUGCAAUUUUGUGGAGGCUAUCUGGACAAUUCAACCGGUAGAACUUUGCCAUGGGUGAAAUUCGGUGCCUCUAAAUCGCUGGACGGUCUCGUGGACGGGGCUCGGGAUGGCAAAGGAUUCAUUUGCCCGAGAGGGUCUAUCUGUCUUCAGCAACAUAAUCCGUUCAACGGUACCGUUAACUUUGACAAUAUUGCCAACUCUUUGGAACUUGUCUUUGUCAUAAUGAGUGCCAACACUUUCUCCGACCUUAUGUAUCAUACAAUGGCAUCUGAUUAUUUGGAGGCCGCUCUGUUCUUUGGGGCGGGGAUAAUGAUCAUGCUUUUAUGGCUAACCAACUUGCUCAUUGCGGUCAUUACUUCGUCAUUUCAGGUCAUUCGCGAAGAGAGCAAGUCUAGCGCCUUUACCGUGGAUAAUGAACCGUCUGUACCCUCUCGGGCGGACGAGCGACUUCGCCAAUCGUCUCCACUGCAACGAAUAUACGACAAAACCACAGCCUUCUGGGUUCUAAUUAUUACUUUCGCAUUACUUUGCCAGUCUUUGAGGAGCUCGAAAAUGUCGCACUCACGAGAGGAGUUCAUACAUAUAGCGGAGGUGACCGCAACGGUUCUCCUUGACCUCGAAAUAUUAAUCAGAUUUGCUGCUGGCUGGAGGGGAUUUCUACGGAGCUGGCGCAACAUUUUUGACCUCUUCCUAGCAGUUGCAACAACAAUCAUACUUAUCCCACCAAUUCCGAGCACUCGGGCAUAUUCAUGGCUCACCGUGUUCCAAAUUGUUCGAGUGUACAGAAUCGUACUGGCGAUUCCUGUUACUCGAAAGCUCAUUCUUCUUGUGCUUGGAAACGCGGCCGGUAUUGCAAAUUUGAUGCUGUUUGUGUUCCUGAUGACUUUUCUGGUCGCAAUUUUUGCAGCACAACUUUUUCGGGGCCAGAUUCCCCAGUAUGAUGACGGAGGCGAACUGAACAGGAUAUCGUUUUUCACGAUUUACAACUCGUUUCUAGGAAUGUAUCAGAUCCUAUCAAGCGAGAAUUGGACCGAUAUUUUGUACUCGGUAACUUCGCACACAAAGCGGUUCAACACUGCUUGGGUUGGCGCGAUGUUUCUUAUAGGCUGGUUUAUCCUUUCUUUUUUCAUUUUGAUCAAUAUGUUCAUUGCGGUUAUCCAAGAGAAUUUUGACGUCUCCGAAGACGAGAAACGACUGGAACAAGUUAAAGCUUUCCUGCAGAGGAAAGAGCUUGGACACAACCCUAGUAAUCUGUCAUUAUCAACAAUUUUUAGCCUGGGGAAGUCUCGCCGGCGCCGGGACCCUUUAGAUUACGGCCCUGCGAUGAUGGAAAUGCUUCUCAAGGAUGCUGUGGUUCGAGACUUCCUUGACGAUGAAGGUUCAGAUGAACUUCACGAAAACGGACCCGUCAUGCCACAGCGAAGCACAACUACUCUAUUUGGUACUGACGUCCAACCAAGCGUGAUUGCAAAAUUCUGGAAGCGAUUUUUGAACAAGGUCAAACACAAGGAGCCAAAUCCUUUUUACUCGAAUAUCCGAUUUGACGGUGCGAAUGAAACACUCGACCCACGGCAAAUGGCUCGACAAGCUGUUUCUGCGACGUCUGCUAGAAGGAAAGCCCAAAGGGAGUAUCUCUCUCGGCACCCGCGAUACAACACUUCUUUGUAUAUCUUCAAGCCCAAACAUCCUCUUCGCAGGCUCUGUCAGAAAUUAGUCGGCCCUGCGAGAGGAUUCGAGCGAUUCGAUGGUGUGCAGCCGAAUAAGAUAGCGUGGUAUAUCUUCUCUGCUCUAGUGUACGCUAUCGUCGUGGCAAUGGUGAUUUUGGCCUGCGUCACUACCCCACUUUACCAGAAGGAAUACAGAGAGAAGCACCCUUUGAGUACCUGGAAUUGGUACGUCUGGACUGAUUUGGCAUUCACGUCAGUCUUUACCAUCGAGGCUGCCAUCAAAGUAAUCGCAGACGGGUUAUUUUGGACUCCAAACGCAUACAUGCGUAGUUCCUGGGGCAUGAUUGAUGGCAUCGUCCUUGUGACAUUGUGGAUCAAUGUGAUAACGCUUUUGAUCAACGACGGAGCCAUAUCGAGGGCUGUUGGCGCGUUCAAAGCUUUGCGAGCACUGCGAUUACUGAAUGUCAGCGACAGCGCUAGAGACACAUUCCAUUCCUUGAUCAUUGUUGGCUGGUGGAAGCUGAUAGGAGCUGCACUAAUUUCAAUCUCCUUGCUAAUCCCAUUUGCCAUAUAUGGCUUGAAUCUCUUCAGUGGCCUGAUGGUUGCUUGUAGCGACUCUAGUGCUGGUGACAGUCUAAAUGCAUGUUUCGGCGAAUAUAACAGCACUCCUUUCGAUAACAACUGGCCAAUGCUAGCUCCCCGCGUUGCGUCCAAUCCCUACUUCAACUUUGACGACUUUGGAUCGUCUCUCUUCACUUUGUUUCAAAUUGUUAGCCAGGAGGGUUGGACUGACGUCUCAUUUGCGGCUCAAGCCAUCGUGGGUAGAGGGAUGCAGCCUCAGGACCUGGUGGCCCAGGGUAAUGCGCUUUUUUUCGUUGUUUUCAAUCUCUUAGCCACAGUUUUUGUCCUUACUCUGUUUAUAUCCGUUUUCAUGAGGAAUUAUACCGAACAAACGGGAGUCGCCUUCCUCACUGCAGAACAGCGGUCGUGGCUGGAGCUUCGCAAGUUAUUACGUCAGAUAUCACCGUCGAAAAGCUCGUACAGCGAAAGUGAGAAGAGUUGGAAGAAAUGGUGCCACAAAAGAGCUAUUGAGAAGCGUGGAAAAUGGUAUCAGGCCAUUACCAUCGUGCUGGUGUUUCAUACUCUGUUGCUAAUGACGGAAUUCAGCUCAGAGCCAUUCUGGUGGACUAAAACUAGAGAGGUCAUGUUUUUGAUCUUCAUUUUGACCUAUCUCAGCAACAUUGCUAUUCGAAUCACCGGGCUCGGAUGGACUCGUUUCCGGAAAAGUUCUUGGGAUCUUUAUUCACUUCUCGCAGUUUCCGGGGCAUUCGUGGCUACGAUGGUACUAAUGAUUGCAGACGCCAGAGCUGAUGCGUCAGUUCAAUUGCACAAAUUCUUUCUAGUUGCCAUCGUGUUGCUCCUGAUACCGCGGAAUGAUGCCCUGGAUCAAUUAUUCAAGACAGCCGCAGCAAGUUUGACAACUAUAGGCAAUCUAUUGGCGACCUGGCUAGUUUGCUUUCUCGUCUUUGCAAUUGCAAUGACACAGGCAUUCAGCCUUACACGAUUUGGAGACAAUGAGACAAGCGAUAUUAACUUCCGCAGUGUUCCCAAGGCUCUUAUUCUUUUGUUCAGGAUGAGCUUGGGGGAAGGUUGGAACCAGAUCAUGGAAGACUAUGCCGAGAUCCGCCCGCCCCUCUGUGUUGAAGAGCGCAAGUUCUUUGACAGCGACUGUGGCAGCAAAGCGUGGGCCCGUUUUCUAUUCGUCGCUUGGAAUAUCAUCAGCAUGUACAUUUUCGUCAAUCUAUUUGUGUCUCUUAUUUAUGAAAGCUUCAGCUACGUCUACCAACGGUCCAGUGGUAUGGCAGUUGUUGACCGAGACGAGAUAAGGCGAUUCAAAGAAGCGUGGCGAAGUGUGGAUCCUGCGGGAACAGGCUUCAUAUCCAAAGAGUUAUUCCCGCGAUUGUUGGGAGAGCUUUCAGGCGUAUUUCAGAUGCGAAUUUACCAGCCCGAGGACUCAAUUGGGCAAAUAUUGGAGGACGUGCGCGAUGACUCGAAAUCCACGCGGCACAUGUCGAUUGCUACGACGAACUUUUACAAUGAUAUCGACAUAAACAAGCUCAAUCAGAGAUUAGCUAAGCUGGACGUGGAAAAAGUUCGUGAGCGUCGCCGCAGAUAUAAAAUAUUCUUUGGAGAAGUGCUGGUAUCAGCGGACCCAGACAGGGGUAUCGCGUUCACGGAUGUUUUGUUAAUUCUUGCUCACUAUAACAUCAUCAAUGACAGCAAGAGCUUAAAGCUGGAAGAAUUUUUGCGGCGCCGAGCUCGACUCCAACGUGUGGAUGAAGAAAUACGGCGGAAGGUUGUCCAGGGCUUUUUCGAUACGCUAUACUGGUCGAGAAAAUUUAAGAAGCAUAUGGAGAAAAAGCACGCGUCCCGCAUGUCGGCGAUUCCACAGCUGACAAUCCCGCAUAUUUUGGUAGAUGAACCCAGUGGUGGGUUUAUGAAGGAUCAAGGGAAGGAUGCAGCAUCUGAAGACCAGCCGCGAUGGACGCAGCUCAGCGUGGGCGAAGGAACGGGGCAUUAUACCGAAACAGGUCAGACAGACCUGAGUCUUCACGACACCACGUAUCAGCAUCCUCUUACAUACCCCCGGUCAUCACAAACUUCAGCUCCUCGUCAAGGCAGUACGUCUGGAUUCAGCUUUGAACUUUACGAGCCAGAAGUGCACAAUCAAGAGGCAUCCCACACAAACAAUCGCGGCAGCGCGGUAAGUCCAACCGAAGCCCAGGAUAUGCUUGAUGAUUCUGUGUGGAUGGAGAGCAUCAGACGGAGUGCGACAUUGCGGAGACCGGAUAGAGGUUCAUACCGAUUUGGAGACCUCGGGUGA